AUAUACAACAACGCUACACUUAGUGCCAAGCUUUCUGUAGGGGUAGUUUGAUUCGCAGCCAUGAUACGAUACAUCGCAGUCCUAGUUAUUUUCGCGGCGGCGCGGGCCAUGCCUGCGCUCGACAAGGAGCCCAACGAAAUCGGAGUAUUCGGGUCAAUAUUAGGAGUUGUCAAAGAAUGCGUUGAUGGAGAUACUUCUUUGUGUAUAAAGGAGAAGACGUUGAAAUAUGUGGAGGCUGUAAACUCCGCGCGGGAGUUGGACCUUGCUGAUGGAGUGGCGAUACUUAGCAAUGGAUCCCCUCGGUCUGCCAGGGCCUUGGAGCCAUUGUCCGAAGAGCCUAAGGCGAGAGAGGCCCAGAUUGAAUCCAGGCUGGUAGAUUCUGCUGCCGAUUUCUUGGAAAACCAUGUGAUCCAGUUCAAACUGCCCUCAUCGACCGUUGAGGGUAUGAAGAGGUCCCUUGAGGAAGCCCGUGGCAAGAAGAAGAAGAUCAAGCAGCUCCUUCCCCUCCUCGCCCUCGCCAAGCUGAAGAUCACCGCUCUCAUCCCUCUGUUCUUGGGCAUCAUCGCCUUCGCUGCUGCCAAGGCUGUCCUCCUUGCCAAGAUCUCACUCUUGGUAGCCGGUAUCAUUGCUCUCAAGAAGCUUUUGGCAAGCAAACACCAUGAGACCAGCUAUGAAGUAGUAGCCCACCCACACCAUGAGGAACACUAUGCCAGCAGUGGACAUGGCUGGGGAAGAUCCAUCGAUGAUGGACAGGAUCUAGCCUACUCAGCUCAUGCUAAAACUGAUUAAGUCUUUACACUUCCCCAAGGAGCAAUUCUAAGUCCUUUGCGUUUUGUAACAUAGUGUGAAAUGGAAUGUACUGAGUUUAUUUAUUGUAGUUUAAGGCGUAUUUAUUGAUUUAUUCUACGACGAAUUUCCCUUUGUAAGGGAUUUUUUUGAUGCGAUGUUUUGUUACUGUUUUCCCAUAAAAUGUUGUUCUAAGUUUGUAUGGUCUUUUAUGCUGUACUAUAUUAGUAUUUUCACAACCUAUACGGUAUCCGUAUUUGUGUAUUUUGUACUUCAAAAUGUUUUAUUUUGUUCUAUUUACUGUCUUAGAUUUAUUAUCUAGUCCUUUCUUACUAAGUCCUUAUAUUUUAAUUGUGUAUAGAUUUAUUUGUUGACUCUUUAUUUAAUUAAGUAUAUUUAAGUUUAUUUUGUGAUAUUAUUUACUAUAUUUAUCUACAUUUGUUUGAGCCUCUUAUCUUUAUUCAUAUUAUUAUCUCAUUUAUUUAUAUAUUUAUUUAUCUAUGCAGCACUUACAUACAUAUCACAGUAUCAUCUAUUUACAUAGUAUCUACAAAAUAGUAUGUACAAAAUGUAUAUAUUUAUCAUACAUAUAAUCGAGUAUACCACCUUAAAUAUUAUUAUUAAUUUAAUGAUUUAUAUCAUCUAAAUAUAUAAUUAUUCUGAUAUCGUCAUUACGUAUAACUUUGUGCCGCCUUGUCAGUACAAAUACAUACUUAUUAUAUUCAUUAUAUCUUCAGACAUAUUUUCAUUAUGACAUAAUAAUAUAUUUUCUAUUUCUCAAAUGAUUCGUACAAAUAAAGAACUGAAAAUGUUA